AUGUGCGGGAUCUUCGCCUACCUCAACUACAAUGUCUCGCGGGAGCGCCGCUACGUCCUCGAGGUGCUCCUCAACGGCCUCCGCCGGCUCGAGUACCGCGGCUACGACUCCUCCGGGAUAGCGGUCGACGCGGACCUCCCGGCGCCCCCUGCUCCCGGCUCCGCGCCGGCUCCCUACGCCGGGGCGCCCCCGCUCGUGUACCGGCAGGAGGGCAAGAUCGAGAACCUCGUGCGAUCCGUCUACGCCGUUAUUGAUGCAAUUUGGCGCAUGCUUUGGGCCAAUUUUACUGCAUGCAAGUCCCACUUCCAAAUUCUGCCACUUAUCCUGAUGCACGAGGUUGAUGAGAAGGAUGUGAACUUGGAUGCCGCAUUCAAUGUGCAUGCUGGAAUUGCUCACACCAGGUGGGCCACACACGGCGUACCAGCCCCGAGGAACAGCCACCCGCAAUCUUCCGGCGCCGGUGACGAGUUCUUGGUCGUGCACAAUGGCAUCAUCACAAACUAUGAGGUUCUGAAAGAGACACUUACUCGGCAUGGGUUCACCUUUGAGUCUGAUACCGACACAGAAGUCAUCCCUAAGCUAGCAAAGUUUGUUUUUGAUAAGGCUCAUGAUGGAGAAGGUGAUGUGACAUUUAGCCAAGUUGUUAACGAAGUCAUGAGGCAGCUUGAAGGCGCCUACGCCCUUAUUUUUAAAAGUCCACACUACCCCAACGAACUGAUCGCAUGCAAACGAGGCAGCACACUGAUACUUGGUGUCAACGAAUUGAGUGGUCAAAAGAGCGGGAAAUCUUUCAAUGAUGUCAAAGCCCUGACAGCAAACGGAAAGCCAAAAGAGCUAUUCUUCUCCAGUGAUUUAUGUGCUAUAGUGGAGCAUACCAAGAACUAUUUAGCUAUUGAAGAUAAUGAAAUCGUUCAUAUCAAGGAUGGCAGUGUGUCUAUCCUUAAGUUUGACCAUGACAAAGAGAAGCCAGCAUCUGUGCAACGAGCAUUAUCUGUUCUUGAGAUGGAAGUUGAGCAAAUAAAGAAAGGAAACUAUGACCACUUCAUGCAAAAAGAAAUCCAUGAACAACCACAUUCACUGACGACAACGAUGAGGGGUAGACUAAAGGAUGGUGCAGUUCUUUUGGGGGGACUGAAGGAACACCUCAAAACAAUUAGACGCAGUAGAAGAGUAGUCUUUAUUGGCUGUGGUACUAGUUACAAUGCUGCGUUAGCUGCGAGAACUUUUGUGGAAGAACUAACAGGUAUUCCUGUGACAAUGGAGGUUGCAAGUGACUUGCUGGACAGACAAGGUCCCAUCUACAGAGAGGACACUGCGGUUUUUGUUAGCCAGUCAGGGGAGACAGCAGAUACCCUUCUUGCUCUUGAUUAUGCACUGGAAAAUGGAGCACUUUGUGUUGGCAUAACAAAUACUGUUGGAAGCACACUCUCAAGAAGAACACAUUGUGGAAUUCAUAUCAACGCUGGUUGUGAGAUUGGUGUUGCUAGCACUAAGGCAUACACAAGUCAAAUUGUAGUCAUGGCAAUGAUGGCCUUGGCUAUUGGAUCUGACCAAAUAUCCACUCAAGCUAGAAGGGAAGCUAUCAUCAGUGGUCUUUUCAGUCUUCCAAGCAAUGCUAGUCAAGUUCUGAAACUUGACUCUGAAAUGAAGGAACUUGCCUCUUCAUUGAUCGACUCGGAAUCGCUCCUCGUGUUUGGAAGAGGUUAUAACUAUGCCACUGCCUUAGAGGGUGCUCUCAAAGUUAAGGAGGUUGCGCUGAUGCAUAGUGAAGGCAUGUUUGCUGGUGAGAUGAAGCACGGGCCUCUAGCCCUAGUGGAUGAAAACCUCCCCAUCAUCGUCAUUGCAACACGCGACGCAUGCUUCAGCAAGCAACAGUCCGUGAUCCAGCAGCUCCUUUCUCGCAAGGGGCGUCUGAUCAUAAUGUGUUCAAAGGGAGAUGCCUCUGCUGUCAAUCCCGGCGGAUCUUGUAGAGUGAUUGAAGUUCCAAAGGUUGCGGACUGUCUCCAGCCAGUGAUUAACAUAAUACCAUUACAGUUGCUCGCAUACCAUCUCACCGUUCUUCGUGGAUUCGAUGUUGACCAACCAAGGAAUCUGGCGAAGAGCGUGACCACCCAGUAA